UUGGAUAAUGUGCCGCUUUGCGCAUGCGUCCUGGCUAACCAACAACAUCAGGAGGAGAGACGAGGAUGGCGGAGGAUGGGAAGGAAGAGUCGGUGGCCACUGACGACGGUUCAGACCACACAGCUGCAGACGGGAGCAACAGCUUAAACAACACGAUGGUGGAAGAGGGCUCCAACCUCCUGCGCCGAAUGGAGAUCUGUGUUGCUGAGUCUGAGAAAAGGAGUGGCAAAAAUGCAGUGAACAUGCAGGAGACGUUUAGCGUGUACCUCAUCGAAACACGGCCAAUGGACGCAGUCGCUGAAGGUCGUAACCCAGCCCCCGACUCUCUGUGGAGAAGAUACAGUGAAUUUGAACUGCUGCGGAACUACCUAAUGGUUACCUAUCCAUACAUCGUAGUCCCACCUCUGCCUGAGAAGCGGGCAGAGUUUGUGUGGCACAAGCUGUCGGCAGACAACAUGGACCCAGACUUUGUGGAGCGCCGCAGGGUCGGGCUGGAGAACUUUCUGCUUCGUGUGGCAUCACAUCCAGUUCUCUCCAAUGACAAGAUCUUCUACCACUUUCUCACUGAGGAACAUGGCUGGAAGGAAGUGGUGUAUGAAACAGGAUUUCAGGCAAAGGCAGAUUCCAGGCUGAGAGCUCUCAGUGCCACCUUCAGGGUGAGAAAUCCAGAUAAACGCUUCAUGGAAAUGAAACACUACAGCGAUGAGCUGCAGUCUCACACAUCUCAGCUGCUCCGAGCACGAGCAAGGGUUGCAGAUCGACUCUACGGUGUUUACAAGGUCCAUGGAAACUAUGGGAGAGUCUUCAGUGAGUGGAGUGCCAUAGAGAAAGAGAUGGGAGAUGGACUGCAAAGUGCCGGUCAUCAUAUGGACGCAUAUGCUGCCUCAAUAGAUGAUAUCUUAGAAGAAGAGGAACAUUAUGCAGACCAAAUAAAAGAAUAUCUCUUCUAUGCUGAAGCUCUGAGGGCAGUGUGCAGGAAACAUGAGCUGACCCAGUUUGAGCUUGAGAUGGCCUCCCAGGACCUCAUCUCAAAGAAGCAGCAACGGGAGGAGCUGGCUACAGGGAUUGUGCGGACGUUUUCCUUCAAAGGCAUGACCAACAAGCUUUUUGGCCAAGAGGCACCUGAGCAGAGGGAGGCCAGACUGAAGCUGCUGGAGGAGCUGAUAACAGAGGGUGAAGAGACCGUCAAAGAGAAAACGGAGGAAUGCGAAGAGCAUGUUGAAAGGGCGUGGGUGGACAUGCAGCGCUUUAAGGAGCAGAAAGACAAAGAUCUGCGGGAAGCGCUCCUCAACUAUGCUGUCAUGCAAAUCAGCAUGUGCAAAAAGGGAAUACAAGUGUGGAGCAAUGCCAAAGAAUGUUUCCUAAAGAUGUGAAGUUGGAGCUAUAUUCAAAGGAUUUCCACCCUCAGUGAUGGUCAGCUGUGGAUUCUGGGAAAUGAUGGCAAUGUCACUGUGUAUAAAGAUAAUGUAAUUGCAAAUGUUCAAGAGUGAUUUACUGUGUGAGUGAUAAACUGUUAACCUUUAGUGGAGUGAAAAGGCGGUGGUGUUGGAUCUCAUAAAGCACAUGACUUGGACACUGGAGACCAGAGUUCACAGGGUUGACUUUCAAUAUUUAACCAAGACCAUUUUCUUUAACCAUAAAGAAGCACUUCACCAAUUAUACAUGUUAAAGUCAAUUAACUAAUCAUGGUAUUAGUAAAUUGACUUUGACAACUGGUGAGUAUGGAGUUUGAAAGACGUGGGCAUUUACACACGUGGGAGAAGUUUGCCUUGAGGGCUUUCUGCCAGAAAGCCUAACCAAGUAGUUUUGGUGCUUAAACCUAACCAAACUGACCAUUUAGGCACCAAAACUACUUGGUUAGGUUUAGGAAAAGAUAAUGGUUUGGUUUAAAAUAAUAAGUCAACACUGACUUUUGGUUUCACACGAGACACGAACAGUGGUCUCCCGGGUGAAAGUCCUGUGUUUGACCCACCCCAACCUGCUCCCUAUAAGGAUUUUGUCGCUCUUUAUACUACGUCACCUGACUUCUAAUGUUUUCUGCCAGAAAGCCCUGAAGGCAAACUUUUCCCAUGUGCACUAUUUAUCAGGCAGGGAAAGACACUGUCAAGUUAACUGUAGGAUCCGGGAUUUUUGAGCUUGUUUGGGUAUACAAGGGACUAAAAUCUGGUUAUCUCAGACGGUGCUGCGUUGAUUUUGACAGAGGGUGCUUUCACACCUAUGAAACCUGUUUGGUUCAAAUGGUAAAUGGACUGUACAUGUAUAACGCCUUUCUAGUCUUCUGACCACUCAAAGCGUUUCACACUACAUGUCACAUUCACACACACUCUCAUAGUAUGGUUAAUAAAUAAUUACACAACUCCAUACAAAUACAUACAAUACAGUCAAUUUCAUUUGGGCAUUCAUUCAUUAGGCCUAAUAUGAAACAAUUUGUUUGUUGUCAUGCAUUUCACUUAUGCAUUCACUUAAAGGAGUCGGUGACCGACACAUCACUAGUUACCAUGGAAACACGGUUCAGAAUUAGCCUGGGGGUUGGGUGGCUAACUUUUUAGACUUAAGUCUUUGACUGUCUAACUUGCAUUAGACUAACCUAGAGCAAAAUUGAGACAGGCCUAACACUACAGACCAGUCUAAAAUAUCUUUAUGAAAUCGGACCAGAGGUGUGUUGUGUAUUUUCUCAGUUCUUGAUUUAAAAACUAUGCGAAAUGCGACCACACAGUAGGCUAACUAUCCCCCAAUAAUGUUACAUUACAAGAUGCCUCUGAACCAAAUUGGACCAGAACUGAAUGACCAAAUGAAGGGAGCUACAGAUGUGAAAGCAACCUCAGCUGCCUAAACAUAGCUAUAAAGACACCGAAAGCUAUACUGCUUUAAUGCAUCAUGAUGCCAGGAGUGGAUAUUGUAGUGAAAACAAAUGAACCUUUCCUCCACUUGCCUCUGCAGUGAGGUAAUUGCUUACAUGUAUGCUUUAAAUUAAUCAGUGAGGAGGCUACAAGAUGUUGAUUAUAUGUGGGGAUGUCCAGGGCAAUGUAUUGUACUAAUGUACAGGAAGCUGCACAUAAGAUUCAUGAUACUCAUGUCUAAUGUGAUUUUAUUAGACUUUAAUUGAAUUGAAACUUAAAUAAGACAAAAAGAUUCAGUCAAUAAAUUAAGUAACAUUUUAUUUCCUGUUUUGGAGGGUUGCCAGCAACACACUCUGGGAGUGUACUGAAGUUUUCAUAAUUUCAUUUGUCCAUAUUCUUUUAUAUUUCAAAUUUAAAUGCUUAAUUUUGAUGUAGCUCUUUUUUGUUCUAUUUAUUUGAAUAAAAAUGUGCCAUACACUGA